AAAUCAGACUAUAUUGCACAACAAUUUUGAUAUAUAGAGCCACUAGAUUAGAUUCGACUUAUUAGUCAUCCACACUUAUUCACACACGUGUUCAACAAUAUCCUUUCGUAUAAUUUUUGUACAGCACAGACCAUAUUUGUGCACUUGUCUGAAAAUCCAAUUUUCAGUUUUUUUGUAGCAAAUAAAAAGAGGAAAAAUGCAGGUGGCGCUAAUACCACCGCCGCAAAUCAGGCCGCCGGGAGGCCCGGGACAACCCAUCACCACCACCAGACUGCAAUUUCUUGCCCACAGCACAAAAAUCACUGUGAGAAAAUCGGUAACAGGAAACAGCCGCUUAAAUCAGCUGCGUCGGCUCUCCAUCAGCAGCCGUCUGAGCGACAUGGCGGCAGCAUCACCGCCGUCCGUCGAGACUGUCCCUAAAUGGGCUCAGAAGACUGUUACCAUAUCCGGAAAGAGGCGAGGCUGCCAUGACGUCACCCCUCAGAUAAAGUUGAGUGAUUUUCGGAAACAGAUUCUGAAGGAGAUUGCACAAGACCUAUCAGGCUUUAAAUGUGGCCUUGCCCAUUUUUUCUUGCAGCAUACAAGUGCUUCUUUGACUAUAAAUGAAAAUUACGAUCCUGAUGUCAGAUAUGACACAGAAACAUUUUUGAACCGAAUAGUUCCAGAGGGAAGUUCUGCACCAUGGAGGCAUACUCUGGAAGGUGCAGAUGACAUGCCAGCACACAUUAAGUCAUCUAUGUUCGGCUGCUCCCUCACGGUACCAAUAACAGAUGGAAGACUGAACAUUGGAACUUGGCAGGUAUUUUCUGAAAAAUUGUUGUUGUAA